GAAGCCCAGCCUUUACCUCCACCUGGCCGGUUCAGCUUCUUGGAGGCUCCUCUGUAACCCUUUACUUUCCUGAAGGCAGCAGGAAACUCUGGACGAAGACUUGAUGGGGAGUGCAGAGAGGAACCAUGCAGAGGGACAGGGACCCUGGCUAGAAGGGAUAGGAUGCUUUCCUUAGCACUGGACCAGAGCCAGCACGGUGAAACGGGCUGGAGGCUGGCAGGAGGCACUUCCCAGGGUCAGAGUCUCAGUUCCUGGCAUGUAGCCCUGAUCCUGGGGCGUAUCUGCCAGCUUCUGCCUGUGCUGGUAUAGGUGACAAGCACUUGGCCACUCUGGCUGUGCUGGCUAGGCACAGUGCACCAGAGUGAGAGGGGCCCUUUUAGGGGCCUCAAGCCAGAGGGAAGAAGGCAACUCCAAAUCAUGUCCAUCUGGCUUUGCAUGGCCAUACCUCCCAGGUGACAUGGGCACUGACCUGGCCAGCCUUGUGUCCAUCCCAAGGGCCUGUCCUUCCUCUAGCACCUGUGGCUGGAGGGUUAGUAUCCUUGGAAGGGUUGGGGGAGGGUUGGUGGUGGCUGCCGGGUAAAUUUAGAGCUGCGCUGCUGCCUGGAGUUCACCUGCCACCACUGCUGCUCCUGGGCCCCUGCUGGUGGGGAGCAGGCAGCUGCCCAGGCCAGGCCUAUAUUAAUCCGUGCUCUGGUCUGAGGGCCGGAGCCAGGCCGGUGAGCCGGGAGGUCACUGUGGCAUCAGAGCCAGAUCAGAGGUGAGUGUCCCCACAGGGCCUCAUGUGUUUCUUCCAGCCUGCGGGGACAGAGGGAUCAUGGCUCACCUCAGGCCUUCCUAGUGGCCUGCCCUCCUUAGAAGUCAGGCUCCCCAGCCCUCAACCUGAGCCAUAGAUGGGUCUGUGGCCUUAGAUGACCAGUGUUGAGCAUGGCCUAUAAGCUUCCAGCAAGGCCAGUGGGAGUGGGGCUCUGUGAGCCUAUCAGAGCUCACUUCCUGCUCCCUGUACCAAUCAGGAGCAAGAAGGAAGAGGACUUAGUUACCCUUGGGCUGGGAUGUGGCCCUGAGGGCAGCCUCAGGCUGGUGUGUAUUGAAAGGGCAUGAGGGCAGUCCAGGGUGAGGUGUCCAGGACUAAGUGUCCUGUCUCCAGUCAUUGCCCCUCCCCCACCCUUGCAGUGCUCAUCAGGGACCAAGGUCCAACCCCAGCACUCUGGCAGUGUCCAUGGAACCCAGAGACUGAACACCUCCUCCUGCAGUGCUCCCCAGAAUUCCUGAGACCUGGCCCAGUUACCCAGGAGACCAGUCCACUUGCCUAACAGACUUCCCCGUUCCCGGCCCCGAUUCCCGUCUGGACACUUCACUUUCUGAGCCAACAUCCUGCCUGGCUUGAACACUCAUGGCCUCAAGAGUGAAUGAUCAAAGCCGGGCUUCAAGCAAUGGACUGAAGGGGAAGGUGCUAACCCUGGAUACCAUGAACCCAUGUGUUCGGAGGGUGGAGUAUGCGGUUCGGGGACCCAUAGUGCAGCGUGCCUUGGAGCUGGAGCAGGAGCUGCGUCAGGGUGUGAAGAAGCCCUUUACAGAAGUCAUCCGUGCCAAUAUUGGGGAUGCACAGGCCAUGGGGCAGAGACCCAUUACCUUCUUCCGCCAGGUCCUGGCCCUCUGUGUCUACCCCCGUCUCCUGAACAGCCCUGACUUCCCAGAAGAUGUCAAGAGAAGGGCAGAACGCAUUUUGCAGGCGUGCGGGGGCCAGAGCCUGGGCGCCUAUACCAUUAGUUCUGGCAUCCAGCUGAUCAGGGAAGACGUGGCACAGUACAUUGAGAGGCGAGAUGGAGGCAUCCCCGCAGACCCGAACAACGUAUUUCUGUCCACCGGGGCCAGCGAUGCCAUUGUGACAAUGCUCAAGCUGCUGGUGGCUGGCGAAGGCCGUGCGCGCACGGGUGUCCUCAUUCCCAUUCCUCAGUACCCACUGUACUCGGCCGCGCUGGCUGAGCUGGACGCGGUGCAGGUGGACUACUACCUGGACGAAGAGCGGGCCUGGGCUCUAGAUAUCGCAGAGCUGCAGCGCGCUUUGCGCCAGGCACGUGACCGUUGCUGCCCCCGCGUACUGUGCGUCAUCAACCCUGGCAACCCCACCGGGCAGGUGCAGACCCGUGAGUGCAUCGAGGCCGUGAUCCGCUUCGCUUUCGAAGAGGGACUUUUUCUGAUGGCUGAUGAGGUGUACCAGGACAACGUGUAUGCCGAGGGCUCUCAGUUCCAUUCCUUCAAGAAGGUGCUCAUGGAGAUGGGGCCACCGUAUGCGUCGCAGCAGGAGCUUGCGUCUUUCCACUCAGUCUCCAAGGGCUACAUGGGCGAAUGCGGCUUCCGUGGUGGCUAUGUGGAGGUGGUAAACAUGGACGCCGAGGUGCAGAAACAGAUGGGGAAACUGAUGAGUGUGCGGCUGUGCCCUCCGGUGCCGGGCCAGGCCCUCCUGGACUUGGUGGUCAGCCCGCCAUCUCCCUCUGAGCCAUCCUUCAGGCAAUUUCAAGCAGAGAGGCAGGAGGUGCUGGCUGAGCUGGCAGCCAAGGCUAAACUCACGGAGCAGAUCUUCAACGAGGCUCCCGGGAUCCGCUGCAACCCAGUGCAGGGCGCCAUGUAUUCGUUCCCUCGGGUGCAGCUGCCCCCGAGAGCCGUGCAGCGUGCUCAGGAACUGGGCCUGGCCCCUGACAUGUUCUUCUGCCUGUGCCUCCUGGAGGAGACUGGCAUCUGCGUGGUACCCGGAAGUGGCUUUGGGCAGCAGGAGGGCACUUAUCACUUCCGGAUGACUAUUCUGCCCCCCAUGGAGAAGCUGAGGCUGCUGCUGGAAAAACUGAGGCAUUUCCAUGCCAAGUUCACCAAUGAGUACUCCUGAAGUCACAGUCAGGACCGCAGUGGGCGGCCUCUACCCGAGCGAGCUCUAUGAGUGUUUGCUGCUUUUGCCUAGGUCUGGGUACCUGUUCCUGCAGGUCCCUAAUAAAGCUGGGUGUCCGCUGA